UAGAGUCGGUGCCAUGGUAACGGCUAAAUGCGCUACAAACUCAAAGGAGAGAAAAAGAGGGACAACUAUUGGUGACUAUUCUGAUCCGCUGUAUUCUCAAACUAACUAAACAAAGAAAGAUCCAACUUUGCAAUGCCCACCUCCAAGGUUCAGGCAUCCCAUGCGGCUCUGCCAAGCCUGCCUCUGAAAAUACCAGAGGGAUUCAAGAGCAAAGUGGUGGCACCCAGGAAUCCCAAACUAGUUAGAAUAGAGGAUAGGCCUAAAAGACUGACACCAUCUGCUUUUGCACAAGAGAUGUCUCAAUCUACGGAGGAGCGGCUGGCAAAUACACAUGAGAUGCACCCACCACGCAUUCUAGAGCUGAUAGACAUGAGUGAGACCACUCACCAGAAGUUCUCUACCAUUGAUGUGGACCAGGCCAUGUUCCAGCCAUACCCCUCGGAGAUUGUGUUCCAGAAUUAUACGCCCUCAGAGACCUAUGCAAUUUCACUGAUUCUCCGUAACAAUGACAAGAUCCCACGGCUGGUGAAGGUGGUGGAGGGAGACUCUCUGUAUUUUAAAGUGGUCAGUCCAGUGGAUGUAUGUAGCAAAGUGGCCCCAGGGAUGGCGUCCACAUUCAGUGUCCUCUUUACACCUCAGGAGAACAAGGACUACAUCCACAGGCUCAUCUGUGUGACAGAGAGGGAGAGGUUUGAGGUUCCUAUCCGGGCGAUUGGGGCGCGGGCCAUCCUAGACUUCCCUGACCACCUGCACUUCUCUCUGUGCCCUGUGAAGUGCUCCUCACAGAAGACCCUGCUGGUGCGCAACAUUGGCAACUGUGAGGCCAAGUUUCAGCUAAGCACACACAGCCCUUUUUCAGUGGAGCCCCCUCUUGGAACUAUUGGUGUUGGAGAGAGCAUGCAGGUGACAGUUGACUUUCUACCCAAGACUGCAGGAGACCACAGCCAGGAUCUGCUGCUUCACUACCAUACAGGGGAGGAUGUUGGCAUCAGUCUGUAUGGAGCGUCUGCAGACGUGAAUGUGAGGCUGGACAGGAACUCUGUCAUAGUGGAGAAAACCUACAUCUCCAUGGCCAACCAACGCUCAGUCUCCAUAGUGAACAGGAGUGAUACUCUAGUUCACUAUCAGUGGAAGAGCUUGGCCACUAAAGAGGAGGAAGAGCAGCAGAAGCUAAGGUUCUGUUCCGAACUGCAGCGGGAGGAGGAGGAUGACAUGGAUCAGUUCCUGACAGAGUGUGACGCAGACCCCACUCUACGUGACCGUCUCUCCCUGCUCUCACGCACCUUCCAGGACCGACGCAGGCAGCUGAAGGAGGAACGGCUGUCCUUCUCAGACAACUACAUCACAGUGGAACCUCUGGAGGGGGACAUUUGGCCAAACACCACCUCAGAGGUCAACAUCAUUUUCAAACCACAGGAGGCAAAGAUUUAUCAACAGACGGUCUAUUGCGACAUCACAGGCCGUGAGUCUCGCCUACCACUACGGAUAAAGGGGGAGGGGUUAGGCCCCAAAUUACAAUUCAACUUUGACCUCCUUGACAUGGGUACCAUCUUUAUUGGCUCCAAACACAGCUAUGAGGUGCUUCUGUCUAACAAUGGGCUCAUCGAGGCCACCUUCAAGCUGGUGCCUCCCAGCUCAGGGUUUGGCCAGUGUUUCUCCUUCAGCCCUACUGAGGGGAUGGUUCCCCCUGGGGCCUGCCAAGCCAUGGAGGUCUGCUUCUCCUCCAGCACCCUGGGGGUCUUCUCUGAGGAGUUCAUCUUCACUGUGGGGGGAAACCCACAGCCUAUCAGCCUCACGUUUAGGGGUUGCGUAAUAGGCCCCACUUUUCACUUCAGCGUUUCAGAGCUCAACUUUGGGGAUGUGUCCUUCGGUUUCCCGCACACACUGACCUGCAGUUUGAACAAUACUUCUCUGGUUCCUAUCAACUUUGGGCUGAGGGUUCCAGGGGAUGGCAGUGGCCCUCCCAGCAUCACCAGUGUCUCCCAGGUGUCAGACCUGAGUAGGACAGAGUGGAGCUCCAGUACUGUACCAGACCGGCCCAUUGAGUUCACCCUGACACCCGACUCAGGAACCGUGCGUCCUCAGGGACUGGUUGACAUCCAGGUGACCCUGUGCUCCAACAGUGUGCAGCGCUACAGCCUGGCUCUAGUAGUGGACGUACAAGGGGUUGGGGAGGAUGUGCUGGCCCUACCCAUCAAUGCCAGGUGUGUCAUACCAAAUGUUCUUCUGGAUACCCCAGUACUACAGUUCCAGAGAUGUUUCCUGAGUUACCCUUACGAGCAGUCAGUGAAGCUUACUAAUGACAGUGACCUGCCUGCAUGCUAUGGCCUUCUGUUCCAGGAGUAUGAGGAGUACCCGUCUCUGCUCUACUCCAGUGCCCACCCACGAGGGGUCAUUCAGCCCCACAGUGCUGUGGACAUCCCCCUGGCUCUGCGGGCUAAGACUGUUGGCAGGCUUCAACAAACGGCACAGAUUGCUAUAUUUGGGAAGAAGGAGCCUCCUUUGAACCUGCUCCUGUCCUGCAUUGGGGAGGGUCCGGUAGUCCAUGUGAUGACCACAGAGGUGGCCUUUGGCAGCAUACCAGUUCUGACCGAUGUCUCCAGAACACUGCAGCUCUCAAACCAGUCCCCGAUACCAGCACGGUUUGUGGGUCAAAUGGUGCGCAGCAGGUCCCUGUGGCGGGUGGAGCCAAGUGAGGGAGAGGUUCCACCCCAGGGGAAGCUAGAGCUGAGGCUAGUGGCUCACCUGGAUGACACCCUGCAUUUCCAGGACAAGCUGCACCUGUCCAUCCAGAAUAGUGAAACACACACCAUCCCUCUCUCUGCUACUGGCAAGGGUACUACUAUUGUCACCAACCGCCCUUUUGCCCCCAGUCUGGACUUGGGAGCCCAUUUCAGCUCUGGUCCAUGUCAGUACCAUUUUAGAGUGACCAACCGAGGUCGCCGCUCCCACCAGCUGUACUGGACAACGGAGGGGUACCCCCAGUUUCGCCGAAGAGUUCCCCCACCCGCCAACACCACCAGGGAGGGAAAGGGUCGCAGCUCCCUGGUACCCCCACCUGCAGAUGGGCCAGUCUUCAGCCUGCACCCCAUGCGUAUGGAGCUGGCCCCGGGACACACUGCCGACAUGGUGCUGGAGGGCUCCUCUGACUCUCCCAAGGUGGUCCGAGAGAGGCUGGUGUGUCACGCCAUCCUAGGUCACCAGAGUGGGAAGGAGCGCAUCAUGACGGUGGACGUCACAUGUCGGUUUGUCUCACCCAUCCUGGACAUCUCCUCCCAGCAGCUCAGCUUCUAUGUGGAGAAGGCUCCAGGUGUCUCUCUGCUUCCUCUCUACCAAAAGCUGCUCCUGAGGAAUGUGUCGUCUCUGGCCCUCUCUCUGCAGCUCACUUUGGCUGAGCCCUUUGGUCUGUCUGACCACGAUGGUGAUCACACAUGUGUCACUUCUAAGACUUUGGUACUGGCUGUAGGAGUGCAGACGGAGCAGUGGGUGCGCUUCGACCCCUUAUACCGCCAGGACAGUAUGACGCGGGUGGCUGAGGAGGUGCUGGAGGUGCGCUACUCAGACCAUCCUCAGCAGGACACGGUGGGCCUGAGGGGAGAGGUCCACUUCCCCAACCUGCACUUCUCAAGCGCGACCCUGGACUUUGGCUGUGUACUGAACCACACGGAGGUUCAGCGCCAGCUCACCAUGACCAACUGCAGCCCUCUGUCUGUGUCCUACCACUGGGCCUUCCUGGUCGACCAGCAACAGUACAAUAUCAGGUUUCCAGAGCAGACCAACGUGAGUGAGGGAAGAGUGACCACCACACAUGAGGAGGAGAGGGAUACACGAUGGGACCUGUCCAAAAAUAGAAACAUUGACAUCAGAGUGGACUCAAACAGGGAAAUUGAGGUUCCCAAACUGUUCCUGGAUGAGAAGGUGGAGGAAGAGAAGGGAGACCAAGAGAAUGAGACUAAGGAGGGGAAGGGCACUCCCAAAGAUCCCCUGUCAGCUCCAGUCACACUCACUCUCAUCACAGAAGGGAGGCAGAGCCAGGGGCGAGGCAGCUACAACACCAGCAGACAGGAGAUCAGCAGGACCUCACCAGCACAGUGGCCAGCCAGUACUGAUCAGAACACAGGCACAGCAAGCCGCACUACAAAGGACCACCCCAGUGUUGGAGUGGAGGAGGUGUUUGAUAUCCUACCUAUAUAUGGGGUGCUGGAGCCAGGUGAAAGCCAGCUGGUGUCCUUCUCCUUUUACGGUCAUGCUGACAUCAGUGGUCAGGUUCUGGCUCUGUGUGAGGUCGAGGAGGGCCCCACGUAUGAAAUCACACUCAAAGGAGAGGCUUCACUAGUCACCUACAGCCUGAACAGAACAGAGAUAGACUUUGGCCUUCAGUUGUUUGACCAUGUGGCCGAGGCAGAGAUCACCCUGAGGAACACAGGGAAGGUGGGCUUUCAGUUCAGUGCUCUGUUGGGGGAGAAGGAUGUGUGUGAGGACCCUCGGCCUGGACAUCCCCUGGUCAUCCCCAAAAUGGGUUACAUCGAGGCGAAUGCAGAGCAGAAGCUUUCAGUGUACUAUCUCCCUGGGGUCCCUGAGGUUUUCCACAAGACUUUCCAGCUGCAGGUGGCUUUCUUUGAGCCAGAGAGCAUCACUCUCAGAGGAGAGGGCAUCUUCCCCAGGGUGUGCCUGGACCUACCCAGAGAGCUCAAUGAUGAGAGGUAUACUGCAGUGGUGAAGGAGGCCAAGGAGGCUCUGGAGGAGGACAGGAGGGAAGUGGGCAUCAGCCGGCCUGCUACUGGAAAUGGCCACCUGUCAGACAAGGACUACAUCCCUACAUAUGAUGCCCUGCUGCAGAUGGAGGUAGAGAGGCUCUUGGUGAAACAGAAUGCCAUGGCUGUUGAGAACAGACAAGUGGACAAUAGAGACACACCUGCGUCCACUAGCAAGUGGCGCAAGAAGCUUAGCAGAUUUCUCCUGCCGGAGUACACACUGGAUUUUGGCUAUGUGAUCCAUGGUAGUGUUCCUAACCACAUAGUCAAAGUGACAAACACUGGACCCAUGUCUGUGUCCUUCCGGGCUGACCGCCGCCCACUCACAGGCACAGGAUUUGUUGUAGAGCUGGAUAGAGUGAAGAAUCUGCCCUAUUGUGAGACUGAGACCUUUGAAGUGAAGUUUGACCCAAGUGGAGCAAAUCUGAAUUUAGGGGAGAUCAACACUGUCAUGCCUAUACAGGUGGUUGGGGGCCCUGCAGUGCAGGUCCAUCUGUGUGCCGUAGUCACCAUGCCCUCCCUCACAGUCUCCACGGAUACGCUGCAGUUUGACAGCAUCCAGUGUGGGCUGUGUCAGGUAACCACCGUCCAGCUGUUCAACCCCGAGCCUGUCCCCUGUGAGUGGAGCAUCACAGAGGAGCAACGGCCCAGGAAGAAGAUUGACAAGCAUGUCCCCCUCCACCUGAGACGGAAGGCCAGAUUGGAACAGUGUCCUCCUCCAGUGGUAUUUGAAAUGCUACCUUCAACAGGCGUGCUGUGUCCAGGAGAUAGAGUCAACGUCCAGGUCAAAUUCAGCCCAGCCGAGGGGAGGACGUACAGCCAGAGGCUGGUGGUGUCAGUGGCCCAAAGCACCCAGAGGAUGUUGCUGCUGGCCCAGGGGCAGGGAGAGGAACCCCAGCUGGAGUUCUCCUCCUCUGUGCUGGAGCUGGGACCCACCCUGCCAUUCAGUGCUGGAGAGGAGGCUGAAGUGAUCGUACGGAACCCCUGCCCCUUUCCCAUUGAGUUCUACUCCCUGGAGUUUGACAAGAAAUACCUGGAGGAAGAUAAGAUUCUGCGUAUGAUGAAGGGCUAUGAUGUCCAGAACGUCCUGCUGUUGCCCCCACGCGCCCCGGGAGAGUCACUACCUCCUGAGCUAAUCGACUAUUACAAUGAACACAACUGUGAGGAGGAGAAUGAGUCCAAGGCUGGCUCCCCUAAAGAUGAGGAGGCGUCUGAGGCAGGGGACAAAGGAGAGCAGGAGGAGGAGCUAGCCACCCCACCCCUUCUAGAACGAUUCGUGGAGGAGGAGAAAGAGGCAGCUCCCUCCAAGGAUGGGACUCCAUGUGGAGACCUGAUCAAAGACACAGUGGAAAGCAGGACUGCCAGUGUGGGGGACAUGGAGGUCAACCCAGUGUCCAGAGCUAUUGCACGCCACAUGGGCAUUGACCUGUCACCUGAGGGCCAGGCUGCACGAAACCGCCGGGGCAUCGCAAUCAUUGUGCAUGGGGCUCCCCUCUCAGGUAAAACAGGCACAGCAGUGACUCUGGCCAAAUACUAUGGUGCAGCGUGUCUGAGCGUUGAUGCUGUAGUGCUGGAGGCAAUGUCCUCAGGGAUGACCUCUGCUGGCCUGCGGGCCCGAGAGCUGUGUGCCAAGGCUGCUAUGGAGCAUGCUCAGAAGAGGGUGGAGGAGGCCGCCCAGGCUGUGGUGGAGGUGAUGGGGCCUGCUGGUCAGGGUGCUGGUACUCUGAGUGUGGAGGCUGUAGCCAAACACACAGCUGAGGGCAGUCAAGUCAUUGACCCCAAAGCUCUAGCCUCUUCCAUCUCUACACGUAACAAGAACAGUGUUGUGGGAGGGAAGAGGAUCGACGGAUCACAGCCCACCGCCCCCUCAAUGUGCAUGCUUUCUGUGCAGGGUGGUGGUCCUAUCCACCGGCAGCUCAGCAUCAGUGUGAGCCAGGUGGGCGAGCUGGGCCUGAUGAGCUGCCUGCUACCAGACCAACUGCUGGUGGGCAUCCUCUCAGAGAGACUGCAGCUGAGUGACUGUCACCGGGGUGUUGUGAUGGACGGGCUGGAGACGCUGUACAGCCUCUCCCCCAGCAGCACCCUACAGAUCAUCCUCAAGGCCUUCAACAACAGAUCCUUCAUCUACAUGGUCAAUCUCUCCAACAACUACUAUGCCUUCAAGGCCAAGGAGAGGGCACAGAGAGAGGCAGAGGAGGUCUUACAGAGGGAGCACGCUGAGAAGGAGAAGCUGCGCUUGCAAGAAAUGGAUGAGGAGGAGUAUGAUGCCCUGCCAGAGGAGGAGAAAGAGAGCAUCGACCUCAGACACCUUGUGGCACUGAGAGAACGAAAGCGCAGGGAACAAGAGCGGGCAGAAAGGGAACAGGAGGAGAGGAGACAACAAGAGGAGCUAGAGAGAGUGAGAGAAGAAGAGGAGAUGAAAAAGAAAAACAAGAAAGGCAAGAAGGAGCCUGCCAAGGACGACUCAUCAGGGAAGAAGAGUCAGCUUGGAGGAAAACAGUCUGCAAGUGCCCUACGCUCAGAGACAAAACUGGACCAGCCGGUGAAAGAUGGGAGAAAAAUGUCCUCCUGUGCUGACGGCAAGGAGUAUAAAGACUCUCCCACAGAGGGCACUAGGGAACCAGAGGAGGGACCCAAGAAGAAGAAGCCCAAAGAGGGCAAGGCAGGGGGUCAGGAUGAGUCUCCAUUACCAAGCGAGGACCCAGAGAGGGAGCUGUCUAGUGAGGGUGACCGACUGCUGCUGUCUCGGUUCAGGCUCUACGAGCAGAGCCAGCCCCAGCUUCUCCACAUCCUACAGUUCUGGGAUCGAGCCCAGGGUCAACUCCUCCAGCCCCUGUUCUCUGAAGACAACAUCCAGGAGCCAGAGGAAGUAGUCCCUGAGAGACAGGCCCCCUCUGGCAAGAAGACCAAGAAAGAGCGGGAGAAGGAGAAGGUAGAGAAGGAGAAGGAGCGCUUGGAGAAGGAGAAGUUGAAGGCAGAUGCCACAGAUGUGAAGCUGGUGUCUCCAGCCCCUAGCCAGGCCCUUCUAGCAGUGGAGGGGUCUGAGGGAGGGGACAGGGAGGCUGCACCUGAGACUGUGCCCCACAUCCUCCUGUCUGUUACUGGGAGGGACUAUCUUAGCGGAAUAGAGAUCCUGAAGAGCAACAAACUGCCGCAUCUUGAAGAGGUGUUGGAUGGUUUAGGCCUGGGACCCAAGGGCCCUCCUAUCCCCCCCUCCACUAUCUUCUCUGUCACACCCUACCCUAAGAAGAGGCCUGUGCCCAGUGCACAGCAGAUCACUAGUUGCUUCACCUUCAUGGUGCCCUCAGUUCCAGAGGAUCCAACAGGGGAGAAGAAGGAUGCAGACAUGGAGGCUGAAGCUCAAGGCUCAGUCAAGGAAGAAGUGGUGACCCCUACCAAAGGACGGGGGAAGAAGGCAGACCCAGGCAGAGAGAGUCAGAAAGACAAGAGACGCACCCCAGCCAAAAAGGGGGCCAGGUCCAAUGAGUCUCGCUCCCCUCCUCUCAACGCUGUGACCCCCUUAUCUGACACUGAGCAGUGCCAACAGGAGUCCCAACAGGAGCGCAACCAGCGGCUCACCACAUUCCGCUGGAAUGUCCCACCCAAUGGAGAGGUGACGCUGAAGAUCUGGUUCCAUUCCCAAUUGCCUGGCAAGUUUGACCAAACACUGAACUUUGAGUUGUUGGGUACAAAGAGACGGUACCAAAUGUACUGUAGGGGCAUCUGUGCAUAUCCAUCCAUCAGCAAAGACGUAAAGAUGGUGUUUUCCCACAGUAAGCGGGUCCUUCAGUCUGAUGAGGUUCUGCAGAAGACCUACAUCAUCCGCUCUGGCCUCUAUGAGUUUGGCCCGCUGCUCUGUGGGAAGACCAGAGAUAGGUAUAAAGAGAGGAAGUAUCCAGAGAACAUGGAAAGGCUGGUGAUACACAACAACUCCCCACUGGAUGCUGAGAUUCACUUCUGCUUCCAGCAUGACACCAAGGCUACCACCUACCUAUUGGACCCUCCCAACAUGACCCUCAAACCCACUGAGAGACAAGAGCUGACAGUGUGGGCGUACCCUACGAGCCCGGGACAGAUAGAGGACAGUGUGGUGUGCUGUAUUAAAGAGAACCCAGAGCCAGCCAUCUUCCGCUUCUCCUGUCGCGGUGUCCGGCCCGAGCUCGAGAUCGAACGCAAGCAGCUGCAUUUUGAUAAGAUUCUACUGCACAGGAAGGACACCAGGAAUCUGUGCCUGCGUAACAACACGCUGCUGCCUGCAGCCUGGAGGCUGAGUGGGCUGGAGGUGCUGGGGGAUGAGUUCAGUGUGUCUCAGGACCAGGGCAUCAUCCUGCCACACUCUGAGUUCUGCUUGCAGAUGCAUUUCAGAGCCAUGAAGCCCAUCAACCUGAAGAGAGCCAUUCGCCUCGAGGUGUCUGAUGUGGAGAACAUCCUGGGUAUUGUCCAUACAGAGAACAUACAGAUCCUUGCUGAGGCCUAUGACGUGGCUCUGGACAUCACCUUCCCUAAAGGGGCUGACGGCGGUCUAGACUUUGGAACCAUCAAAGUAUCUGAGGAGGUCAAGCUUUCUGUGAACAUGAAAAACAAGGGCAAAUAUGAGAUAGCUUUCAAGUUUAUCCUGGAGGCCACAGACCCAACCGUGCCAGACCUGAACCAGAUCUUCACCAUCACACCACAGAAGGGCUCCCUCAACCCCAACGACCGGCCCACAUGCGUCCAGUUUGUGUUCCGCCACAACAAGGAGGUGUCCAUCCGAGAGCAACCAAUUCUGCGCUGUCAAGUGAUUGAGCCAAAUAUUGCAGAGGGUGGAGAGACCAUUGCCAUCAUUCCCAUCAAAGUAUCAGUCCAGUCCCUCUUCUCAAAAUACAACAUCAUGCCCUCCAGUGACAUUAACUUUGGCCCACUAGUCUACGGCUGCCGCAAGACACAAACCUUCACCAUAGAGAACAAGGGAGACUUUGAGAUCCGCUUCAACAUCAGCAGGAUGUGUAAAGACCUGCCACAGCCUGCCCAGAGGAGAGGCAUUGUGGGGAAGAGAACAUCACGUGAGAACCACUCUGCUAAACCCCUCACUGGAAACAAAGUGCGGCGAGCUGAAUCCAUCCAGAAGGACAUGGGCAUGUCCACUCUGGCCCGUUUCACCAUGGGCGUGUUCUCAUUGGUGCCUGGUUUUGGUAUCCUGGCGCCGGGCGCUCACCAGGUGGUCACGGUAGACUGUGUGGCAGAGCAGGUAGGACGCUGGCAGGAGUGCCUGGCCCUGGACAUCACCGACCGAGACCCCUCAGACAAUCCAGGCGGUAUCCCCUACCGGCUUGUGGCUGAAGUCUGCAUGUCAGGGAUUGCAUACAAAGACAUUGCCUCUAUUUUUGAGGAGCACCGUAUCUGCAAGACCAGCACCAUGUUGUACUGUGAGCAGUUCCGUGAUUCCAUGGGCAUCUAUAUCCAGGAUGAGAACAAAUUUGUUUUCAAUAAUGUUCUGGUGGGUCGUCCGGCCAAAGCCCGCUUCCGCCUCACCAACAACGGCAAGGUGCCCUGCGAGCUGAGCCUCGCAGUUAAACCUGUCCUUACGAAGAUAUCAGUGCGUAGCACGGAGGUGUUUGAGUUGACGCCUGGCAGGCUUUCUAUACCCAGUCACUCUCAUGCCUUUGCCAUCAUCACCUUCGCCCCUCAGACCAUGCAGACCUACCAUGCUGUGUUUGAGGCCACCCUGGAGGGAGCUACCAGUCUGCAACCCAUGGCCAAGUCCAAGGUGUUGGUGUUUGAUCUGAUGGGUGAUGGCAAUCUGCCCAGUGUGGCUAUUCUGAGACCAGUCCUGAGGACCAGCCGUGGACACCCUCUGCUGCAGUUCAAACGGCUGCUGGUGGGCCGGGCCCAGACCCUGCCCCUGGUGCUGAAGAAUGAUGUCAAUGUACCUGCUCAGAUUCACAUUGAUCUUCUGGAUAAGAUGGGGGUUUUCACUUUGAGAGCUGCUCCCAACACCAUCUGCAGCAACAUCUCCUCAUCACAGAUAGAUGCAGAGGUCGGGACAGAGAGACAGAUGGCGCACACUGCCUCCUUGGUGCUGUUAGGCGGUCAGCAGGCAGAGUUUGAGGUGGAGUUUAGUCCUGUGGUGGCUCAGAGCUUCGAGGCCAACAUGCGCCUCCUAGUGGUGGACAACCAGUAUGAGGAGACAGUGGUGCGGCUGCUGGGGGAGGGCUACCAUGACGUCAUCUCCCUGGACAACAUCAACAGCAAGGCUCAGCAACAGGAGUACUCACCAGAUGGUAAGGGGGACCUGCUGUUCUUUGGAGACUGUGACGUGUCCAGGCCCUACCAGGAGACCUUCACCAUGACCAACCUGAGCAGCAAUAACGUGCUGAGGUUCGAGUGGCCCGCUGACGGCCCCCAGGUCUGCUUCUCCCCCCAGGUGGGCCACCUCCAUGCAGGCUGUGCCAAGGAGGUGACUGUGACCUUCUGCUCAGAGCAGCCUGUGGUGCUGAUCGCCCAGCCUAUGAAGUGUAAGCUGUGCAGGGUGGUGUUCCAGCAGCCUGUGGACCAGGUUCCAGACUGGGACGACCGCCUCAGGACCAUCAAGUGGGUCGACUCUGGAAAACAAGUGGGCAGUCAACAGCCUACAAAGAAGAAGGUGAUUGAGACAGACCCAGAGCCAGUCCACUCUGUAGUAGAGAAGUCAUUCAGGGAGACGGAGCUGCGCAUCAGUGCUGUGUGUGAUUAUGCUAAGUUCACCUGCAACGCAGAGACCAUCCGCUUUAAGGACACACUGCUCUAUCAGACCAGAAUGUUCCAGCUCCAGAUGGUGAACAAAGGCAGUGUGAAGCUGGAGUACUCAUGGCAGGUCCUGAUGGACAGAUAUGGAAAAGGUGUCAACUUUGAUCAUGGAGACGUUAGCCCUCGCUCCUGUCAGAGCAGUAGAUUAGGGGUGAGACCUGCCAGCUCUUUAGAGAGCGUGUCAUGCCUGAUGCUGGGUGACCCAGACCUGCCACCCUUCUCCGUGGAGCCCAGUGUGGGUAUCAUCAGCCCUGGAGCCACCCAGACCUUCAGGAUCAAGUUCUCCCCCUUGGAGGUAGCAGAGUGUGAGGCCAGGCUGGUCUGCAGCAUCCCCAACCUGAAAGAUGAGCAGAGCCCCACCAUGGUGGUGUGUGGUCGCAGUUUACUGCCCUACUGCCACUUCCACCUGGAGGACUCAGACUACAUCAGUGGAAACAGACGUAACCCAGAACUGCGUGGUCCUCAUGGGGCCCUGCCCAGGGCCCCCCUGGACCCCAACACCAGGGUCAUAGAGUUCAGAUCUGUGGGCAUUGGCUCCUCCAUCCUUAGGCAGUUCAGCAUUGUAAACCCCACCAACAAGCCUUACUCCUUUAUCUGGAGAUGUGAGGAUGCAGGUGCCUCCCCUUUCCAAUGUCUCACACCCAAUAACUCCAUUCAGCCUGGGAAGAAAGUAGAGGUAUCUUUUGAGUUCCAGGCCCAGGAGCCAGAUACAGUGGAGUCAUUCUGGACCUUCCUGAUCCCAGAUCAGAACCUGUCUGUGCCCUUCCUGCUUGUUGGAACAGCUAGUGAGCCUGUUGUCUACAUGGACCAUGCCCAUCUUAACCUGGGAAACCUGCUAGUGGGACACAAGGCUCACCGAACAGUGUAUGUGCUGAAUGGAGAGAAUCAGCCCUUUCAGUUCUUCAUUAAGGAAACGUCCCGUUACUCAGAGGCCUUCCUGGACAGCCUGCAGCUGGAGCCCCUGGAGGGGGUGGUGCCACCUAAAGACAGGUUCCCUGUGCUUGUGUCUUUCACCCCGACACAAGAUGGAGUGGUGACCUUUAACCUGCUGGUCCAGGUGAAGGGGAAGGUCCAGCCCCUCAAUAUGAACGUCAAGGCAGAGGGUUACAGCAUGAAUGCCUGUGUGCAAUGUGAGAGCACCGAGGGAGGCGUCACCGAGCUGUCUCCAGGCAACUCUUAUCAUCAGGUGGACUUCAAACAAGUGGAGCUCAGUGAUACGACAUUGUGUACCUUCUUAGUGUCCAACCUGGGGAAGUUCAGUCUGGAUGUUCAGUAUGAGUUAUGGGGCUCGGCGGAGAUGCAGCGCCACCUAAAGGUGGAGACAGACAAGGGGAGUGUUGAGGUGGGCAGACAAAGCCGCUGUACUGUCACAUUCUUCCCUCUGCAGAAGUGUGUGCUCAAAGACGUGGGCCUCAACAUCAAGAUUAAGAACGGGCCUGUGUUCAGCUGCUCCAUCCUGGGUUCAGCGGUUGCCCCUGGCCUGGAUUUCUCCUUCUUGAAACACAACUUUGGAAUGAGCUUUAUCUACUGUGCAGGGAUGGUGCCAGCCACACAUACACUGAUCAUAAGCAACAAGGGAGAGAGAGGGAUCAGUCUAGAUUGUCAGUUCUCCAACACCCCAUUCCUGGAGGUGGGCUUCCAGCCAGAGGUGCUGCCCCCUGGUGGGUCCAUGGAGGUGCCCAUCACCUUUUACCCACGGGAGGCCAUGCGCUACCAUGAGAGAGUGGUCUUCGAGAUCAAUGACUGUGCCAAGCAGAUGGUCGAGAUCCUAGGUCAAGGCAUUGAGAUGAAGGUUGACUUUGAGGACCCCAGACACAAGCUGGUGAAUCUGGGGGCUCUGCAGAUUGGUCAGAAGAUCAGGAGGGUGAUUCCCCUUGUGAACAACAGCCACUCCUCUCUAACCUUCUCCCUGCUACUCAGCUCUACUGUACACACUCUGCUGGACUCCAGGGUGCUGUCAGUGAACCCGCCAGGUGAGGUGACCCUGAAGCCGUUUGGGGGCCGCUGUCUGGUGGAGGUGCUGUUCUCUCCCAGGCAGCGCAUGGCUCCCUUCACGUCAGAGCUGCAGUUUGAGUGUCUGGGCACGGUUCGCCCCCUGUUGGUACUGAAGGGCUGCUGUCAGGGAGUGGAGGUCAAGCUGGACCAGGACUACCUGCCCUUUGGAGCUGUCGCUCAGCGCUGCAAGGUCACAAGACGCAUCAUCAUGCAGAACACUGGAGACAUCGGAGCCAGGUUCCAGUGGGAAAUGAAGAGGUUUGGCAGAGACUUCUCCAUCACCCCUGUAGAGGGCUACAUCUGCCCCGGCAUGGAGGUGCCUUUUGAGGUGACCUUUUCCCCUGUGGAGCUGAGCCAUGAGCUGAGAUAUGAUGACCUGCCCUGCUCUAUAGAAGGAGCCAAGCCCAUCAAACUCACCCUGGCAGGCUCCUGUAUCCUACCCCCGGUCACCAAAGAGGUGUUGCAUUUUGUGUGUCAGGUGCGCUGUCAGCACAUCCAGUCACUGACCCUGUCCAACCGCACCAACCAGCGCUGGACUCUGAAGCCUGUGAUGGAAGGGGAGCACUGGAGUGGCCCUCCCUCCUUCAUCAUCGAGCCCUACCAGCAGAACAAGGCCUACGAGAUCACAUACAAACCCAUGGUCACGACCGCCGAUGGCAAGAAGCACCUGGGCUCUGUAUUCUUCUCCUUUCCAGAUGGGACAGGCAUGCUCUACACUCUGCAUGGCACUGCUGAGGCCCCCAAGGCUGUAGCCACCAUCACCCACGAGAUGCCCUCCAAGACCCAGUACACUGAGAUGGUUCCCGUCCAGAACUGGCUCUCCAAACCUCAGAGGUUCCGUGCUAUAGUGGAGAUCAUGAAGCCAGAGAGGCCAGACAGCACUGUGUCCCUGAAGGGCCUGGACUAUCUGGAUGUACCAGCUCUGGCCAAGAGGGACUACAAGGUCUCCUUCUUCACCUACAAGGAGGGCCAGUACAACGCCAAGGUGACAUUUCGUAAUGAGUCUACAGGGGAGUACCUGUUUUACUACCUGAACUUCAAGGCCACAGCGCCGGGUGUCAUCAGCACCAUAGAAAUGGUGACUCCGGUGCGCCAGACAGCCUCUGCCUCUGUCAGGGUGGAAAACCCCCUCCCCAUUAGCCUGUUCUUCAGUGCUGAGUGCCGCAGUCCAGACGUCAGUGUGCCUCCACAGCUCUCUACGCCUGCACUCUCCAAGGCCACUCUUUCAUUUGAGUACCAGCCGCUGCGUGCGGGCGAGUCCACUGCUCGUCUCAUUCUUCAUAAUGGAGAGUUGGGCUACUUCCACUAUGAGCUGUUGCUGAAAGCCCUGCCAGCGUCGCAUGAGAAACCGCUCUACUUCCGUGCUCCGCUGGGCAGCGGACACUCCGUCUCUGCCAAGUUUACCAACUACUCUCGCAUCAAGGCAGAGUAUGCCUGCAAGACGGACAGUCCUGACUUCAUUGUGGAGAAGAACAUCAACGCUGCAGCUGGCUACCAGGCGGGCACAGACAUCAGCCUGGAGGUUUACUUUGAGCCCUGUCAGUUGGGAGAGAUCCGUGGCAUGCUCACCCUCUCUUCAGGGUUUGGUGGAGAAUACAUGUUCCCUCUCUUUGGGUGCUGCACCCCUCCCAAAGCCCAGGGCCCCUUCACCAUCCGCGCCGGAUCCAGCGUGUCCAUCCCCUUUAAGAAUGUGUUUGUCCAGACCACAGCCUUCUCCUUCCAGGUGGACAGCCCAUCCUUCACUGUGAAGGGCGUGGAGACCAUCCGGCCCAAGAAGACCCAUAACAUUCUUGUUAUGUUCGAGGGGCCUCCCCCUGGCUCCCGAGGGCCCUGCAGUGGUAAGCUGACCAUCUCCAGCCCGCGCUCCGAGGGCCACGGCCAGAGCAUCUCCUGGGUCUUCUACCUGAAGGGCUACUGCCCUGAGCUGGCCCAGAGGGACAAGACCUCCUAGAGGAGGGUGGACCUCUUCUAUACAGUAUCUACAGUCCAAUGCACAUUGUGGUUGAUACUACAAUAUGUUUACUCCACACUGAUAUAGUUUUAAGCAAAUGUCAAGCUAAUAAAUGUCAUAUAGAUGGGU